CAUAUAUUCUUGUGGUUGCGUGAACAUCAAUAUUCUCGAGAGUUGAGAAUGGCAAGGGCUCCAAAAUCGGACGGAGAUGGUUUGAAGAGAGGUCCAUGGACACCUGAAGAAGACCAGAAGCUCUUAGCCUAUAUUCAACAACAUGGCCGUGGAAGCUGGAGUUCCUUGCCCCAGAGAGCUGGUCUUCAAAGAUAUGGAAAAAGCUGCAGGCUUAGAUGGAUAAAUUACCUCAGACCUAAUAUCAAGAGAGGAAAGUUUAGCAUCGAGGAAGAUAGAAAAAUCAUACAACUCCAUGCACUUUUGGGUAAUAGGUGGUCCAUCAUAGCCACUCAUUUGCCAAAGAGGACAGACAAUGAAAUAAAGAAGUACUGGAACACCCAUCUGAAGAAGCGCUUAGCCAUGCUAGGGAUUGACCCUGUAACUCAUAAGCCGAUCACAAACACCCUUAGCUCAGCCAAUGGCGACCGUAAGAAUGUUUCAAUCCUGAGCCACGUCGCUCAAUGGGAGACUAUCCGGCUCGAGGCCGAAGCCAGGUUGGUUAGGGAGUCCGCUAAGCUUCGUGAAGGCUCAUCAUCAGGCUCAGCAUGUACUAAUAAUAAUAACACAUCAGCCUUAGAUGGUCAUGAAGUAGUGCAUCAUUGCCUUGACAUUCUAAAAGCAUGGCAAAUCCAGAUAUCGAACUCCAUACAAGGCGAGGAUAAUUGCUCUAGCUUCCUAGAGAACACAAUGGGAAAUUCAAUGAACACAAAUUCAUUAGGGUUUAAUGAUGUCGUACUUCUAGGAUCGAGUGGUGAGGAUUUAUAUGAGGCAGUAGAAGAAAAAAGGUGGAAUAAUAUUGAGGAUUUUAAUAAUAUUGGGGAAGGAAAUCUCAUUCAAGGGUUUACCAAUAUACUCUCCAACAAUGGUUUCGAAAGUGAUUUUAACCCAGUUGAUAUAAACAACAACACUUGCUUCAUAUUUGGCGAAUCUUAUGAAUAGAAUAUUAGUCUAUUCAUAAUAUAUACAUAAUAUGUUGUUUUUGUUUAAUUAUUAGCCUAUUGUACUAGCUCCUUUUGGCAUAUGAUCAUAUAAAUACUUUUAUGGUAUUUAUGUGGCAUACCAAAAAAAUAAAAACUUUUUAAUUAUUAUAUUUUUAGUUAAUUUAUGUUUUUAGUUAAUUGUACGAACU